AUGCGGGUCGUCCUGGAUAGGCGGGCCAAUCCGUGCGCGAAAGCGAUGCUGUGGCGUUGCGACAAGAGCCGGCCGCUUCGUGUAGCUUUGCUCGCCACCGCAGCUGGGACGCAACUCGCAUUCCUCUUUCCGAGGCUAGCCAAUGCUCAGGAUCAUGUCGGCGGCGCGCCACUCCCAUCAUCUGCAACGCUACCCGUCUCCGAGAAUGGCGCCGUCGACGAGCCACUUGUUCCCUCAGACGACCCCGACCGCCUCCCGCCCGCGUCGAACAAGCUGCUGCAAUCCUACUACACCUUUGGCGCCGACCGCUUCGCCUGCGACGGCCAGUGCAUGUACUGCUCCAGCUCCCACGCGCACGCCCGGUGGUCCCGCAUUCGGGAGGUUUUAACCACGUACAAGGAACGGCACGACCGCGCCGUCGCAACCCACGACUACAGCUUCGCCCAAGCCUGGCACUUUGAGUUGCAGGAGCUACUCGACUGGUCGUGGGACCGACACAAGUUCGAGUGCAUCCCGGGGAUCAUCAACUUGCGGCUCGCUUCCUACGGCUACACAUCUCUGCAGCAGUUUACCGAGCCGACCGACGACGUGAUGGACUGGCUGAUUCAGUUCAACGCCCACACAGGCGCGUUGGAUUUGCUGCAGUCCGCGUGGCCCCAACUGCUGCAAGGCGGGUGGCCGAUCUUCAUGCUGUUGGACGAGGUGAGCCGGAAAAUCCGCGGGUUUUUGAAUCCCAAGGACGAACAGGAGAAGGAAAAAGCGGCGGAAAGUUACCCCAAAUUGUGGCGGAAGUCGUUCUGCGACGCCGAGGACGCGGGGACGCCCUUUGUCGAGGAGUACUGGUCUCUGCUGAGAAACCUGCUCGACCGGGGCACGAACUUAGAAUUAGGGCACCACAUGGGGUUGGUCCUGAAAAGACCCAAGUGCGACGUUGGGUUGGCCACGGCCCUGCUCGGGGUGGCGUCGGAGUUGAUCAACCAGCACGAGAUCUACAUGAGCAGCAUGGAGGAACUGCACAACGUAAUUUUUGUCCUCGUCACCGCGGCGCAAGACUCCGUGAUCUCCUACACGAAGAAGGAUAGGUCGGACAUCUCGCUGUGGUUCGACCUGCUCUUGACCAAAUGGCCGAUCUGGAAGAUGCUGGACCGGCUGAGCUGCAAGUCCAGCAGCCAGACCUGCGUGGUGAGGUCGGAAGUCAGGUGCUACAGCCCGAAAACGAGGAGCUAUCUGGAUUGUCACAGCGUGUACGACAGACCGUCGUGGAAGCCGAACUACGCUUUGUGUGGGGAGCAUGACGUACUACCGUGAUUGAUGUUCUUCAUCUCGUCGUGAGUUCUGAUGUAGUUGAAAGAACGUUUCGUUCUUUUAUGCCAGUAGUUCGUGUACUGGUAGGAGCAAGUGCAAUCCUGAUCCUGUAUGAGAAAGUACUGCGAAAGAAAAAUCAAGCGACUUCUUUAUGUCUUCAAAUUUCUCAGACGUGCACCCUUCUGAACGGAACCAACAACCUGAAUUUCUCCUACUACGACACGGUGUCCUGCGUCGACUGGCGGCAACCGCGCGUCGGACACGAGUUCAAGCCGUUUCUGAGAAAACUCACGCACGACGACGAGCUGAGGGUAUGUUCCCAGUGCGGCCAGGACGGGGUCCUCCGGACGAUUUUCAAGAACAUCCGGUUUACGAAAACCCCGGUGGUAGAGAGGGACUUGCUCUUCGAAUUGCUGAAGAACGUGACAGUUUCCUUGAACGAGUCUGCGGCCGCGGAGGUGUUAUCAACAGGUGUGAACUACAAUCCGUAUCCGACCCAAGGGUUGCAAAUCAGCGGGUUGAACGGCACGACAUCGCCAACACCCGCCAAGGGCCGCGCGGCCGUCCAGAACGGAGAGCAGCAGGACACACGACUCUCCUCCACCUCCAAAACAGACGACACCACCCCGAAAAUGCUGUCUUCCCUGGAAGCCCCGCAAACUUCGAUUUUUGGCGAGGAGGAAGACCAGCUCCAGUCCGUCGCGACGGAGCUGCUCACCGCGGAAAACCACAUUUACGAGCAGCCCUUCUUCAUCGAAUUCGGCGCCCGGAAACCGCACAUGCUCAAUUCCGCUUGGCUGCGGGAGCACUGCGGGUGGAAAGGACUGCUGAUGGAUUUCCAGCCUGGGGGCACAAAACACGGAGGGUGCGGGGAGGGCUGUGUCGGCAAGGACUUAGUGGAAAACGAGUUUAUCACGGCGGAAAACGUAAAUGACGUGUUUCGGAAGUAUAGGGUUCCGCGGGAACCAGACCUGCUCACGAUCGGUAUUGACAAAGUCACAUGCUCGUCGUAUUUUAGUUUUGCCCUAGGUGAUGAUGAAUCCGUUUUGGAAUUCAAUCCUUGUUGCGUUUAGGUGAUGAUGAAUCCGUUUUGUCUGGUGAAGUUCAAUUUUGUGACCGCAUAAAAAAACUAGAACUUCUUCACAUGUUACAUCCAAAACCAAUAGACAUCGACUUCAACGAUUAUUGGGUCUGGAAAGCGAUUCUGGAGAAGAAAGAAUUCUUCCCGCGCGUCGUGGCCGUGGACUACAACGCAGAUUUAGAUUUGGAGGACACCAAAGCCGUGUACUACGACGCCAAGGGUGAGUGGGACGGAACCAGGUACACCACCGCGAGUCUGCACGCCUACUAUUUGCUCGCGCAAAAGCACGGCUACGAGUACGCGUACAAUUUGGAAAUGGGGAGUCACGCCUUUUUCAUCCGAAGGGACCUGUUACACGAAAGUGACCACAACCUCCCCAUCCGUGCAGUGCGGAAACUCAGUCACAAGGCCGACUACUCGAAGAGGCCGUUUCUAGAUACGCUGUUUUCCAGUAUCGGAAAUGGGCGGCUGAACAAGUAAAGAAUGAACGUCGGUCGCCUUGCUAGAGAAGAGCUGCACGACCACGAGUUUUCCAGUUUACGGGAUUUUUUACCUAGCGAAGAGUCAUCGUUUUUUUACGCAGAAUUUGUCUAGUACUAGAGCUGCAUCUAUUGAUUUGCAGUGCCGCGGCCGCCGAUAUUUUUGAGAAUAAAGAUUCAGCUCAGGAAAUAGAAAAGAUUCAAAGCAGAUCGCAGUUUGUUUGUGUGAGUUUGUCCAUCGAAGAUGCACGAGAACGCGUUGGACCAAAGUUAGUAUGUUUCUGAUUUUCGUUCAAUGAUGGAUUUAGAUGAUGUGGCCAGCAAAUGUGCUUCCCUGUUCUCUCGUGGCGCUACUCCGACGCCUUUUAUGGUAUUCAGUUCUUGUU